AUGGCGGAGAUUGCAAAAGCCAAGCGCAAAGCGCACAGCGCGAACACGGACAGCGUAAACACUGCUCCGGCACCGACGAAACGACAACGGGUCUCUCGAGCUUGUGACCAGUGCCGUAACGCUCGCGAGAAAUGUGACGGCAUCCAGCCAGUGUGCUUCACCUGCGCCUCAUCGAACCGCGACUGCUCGUAUACGGUAAACCCGAAAAAACGUGGAAUACAGCCAGGCUAUAUCAGGACGCUCGAGCUAGCCUUGGCGUGGGCGUUUAUCAACCUCAGUGGCAGCGAACAGGCACUAGCUGCUGUGCUUAGCGAUAGUGGCAGCGCUGGUCAAGCUGUCUUGGUUGGAAAAGAUACGGACGGAUCAUACAAGCUGCACAGAAAAUGGCGAAAAAGCACCGUCUGCAAAGAGAUCGAGCGGUUGUUGUCAGGCGAUGAGGUCAAGGAACCUGGAGCGCAACAGAGUAGUAGUGGGAAAUUCUCUGCGGAUGAAGAUGAAGAUGGCGCCAACGGCGAACAGGAUGCAACGAUGUUGACUCCGUCCUCGGCAGGAGUUCCGAUCAAAGACCCGAACGAUCUACAGGAUCGCGAGAGGAGAAACACAGUGGGAAGUGCUCAUCCGAGCCGUAGUCAAUACGCUUCGGAACUCGACCAAACUACCACUGGAGCUGAGUCGCGCCAAGGUGCGGGAUUACUCAACACGUCAUCGACCUCUGCAAUCUUUACUAACCAGCAGAAUCCCUUUGCGAAUAAGACCGGGACAUCACAUGGGACGCACGAGGUUUUUGGGAGGUUGCGAUACCCUAGCUCGUCUUACAUUUCCGGAUUUCUUGGUGCUCAAUCAACAGGUCCAUAUACUGGAAUCGCUUCCAUGUCUGAUCCGGUUAGAACGACAGACAUCUCAUCGGGACUCAACGGUAUCGACACCAGAAACGUGCCGUCAGAAGGAACUGCAACUGGUACCAACCGAGCAGCAUUGAAACUGCCUGCCACCCUCUGGCGGCUUUUUGACGUCUACUUUGGAUACACUCAUUGUUGGUUCCCAAUUGCCGAGAAGCACGACGUCAUGAAGACCUCUUACUCGUACCCAGAAGAAGGUCUUGACAUAACAGCUGUUUCCGUCGAUUCCGGGGCUCACGCAGAGUUAUGGAGUAUUCUAGCGCUCGCGUCGUUCCAGGAUGUCUCGUUGAACUCCGGAGAAGCUAUGUCGGACAUGAAUGCCUCAGAUAUCUAUGACAUCGCUCGAAGUUUGAUUCCAACUGAGGAAGGCUCUUUCCAGAUUAGCCACGUCAAAGCACUUUUACUGCUAUCGCUUGUCAACAUGGGAUCAACCAACGAUGACAUUGCUUGGCUUCUUGUAGGUCAGGCUGCUCGUAUCGCUAUACUUCUUGGUCUCGAUAAAAACGAAACCGCUACUGCUGCCUCUCCUGCCGCAAAACACAAGCAUGUUUUCCUUGGUUGCUUCGUCAUCGACAGUUUGAUCUCCGCUCGACUUGGUCGACCACCCCUCAUACGUCGGAAGCAAGCUCACGAUACUGGCUUGCUCCCUGAAGAAGGCUUGGAGGAGUGGCAACCGUGGGUCGGCUGUCAAGGCUUCGGGAUCGGCCAGGACAUGAAGCUGAGAAGUCCCGUGCAUGCCCUUAGCACAUUCAACCGAAUGGUUCGGCUGAUGCUGGCUGUGCAUGAAGCAACUUUCCCUGAACGAGCUGACGUACUUCAAUCUGUCGACCUUGAAUAUGACACGUUCUCCAGUCCAGGCAGAAAAUCGUUUCAAGUCCCAAGUAAUGGCUACGAUAUCUUUUCUAGACAGUCACAGAGCACCGUGUUUCCUGCUGGGAAGCGUGAUGGAGGGAGGCAUCAGGAACACAGCUCGCAAACACAUUCACUAAGCAGCAUUUAUCAAGAGGUUAUCGCAGAAACGAGCGAGGAGCGCGGCUCCAUGAAAGGCGCAACGACCCCACCGGCACUGAUCCUGCAGAUUGCCUUUGAAUGUGCCGCCCAGGCGUUCGAAGUUGCUCACAGCAACAACGAUGGGCAGCUGUCUCACCGACUGAAACGCUACGCCGAAGCCUUUGGCAUUGCAGGAAUGCCUCCGAUUUUCCAUACGCUCCUGAGCUUGGUACGCACCGUAUCGCCCGGCAGUUCGAUGCUGAACGGAGAGCGAGACCACUUGGCGGCAUUCGAUAACGUGAUAUGUGGGAUAUGGGAUAGAAUGCGAGCGGGGAGAGGUAUAGGUGAGAUCGAGGCUAGACAUGGCAAUCCACAUCCUGUCACAGCAGUGGUUUCCAAGGAAUAUACGCCAGCCCCACUAAGCAACAUCCUACCGACUCCGACAUCUCUCAACAUUGGCUCAACGCAGAACUUCAGCCCAAUCCUACCUAGAGAACAGAGCCAUGCAGACAUAAUGGUACCCACAACUCCCUGGCAACCCCUGACCAACCUCAAUUACUUCACUCCUAAGAUAUCUCAAGCAGCUUUGGAUGUACAGAACGACCAGUCUGGCAGAUACGGAGGAGCCCCAUUGGAACGCUUCGCCUCCGCCGGAUCUGUCGACUUGGACGCACUCUUCGACGAGCUGGCCUCACUCGAUGGCGCCGACCGCCAGGACAAUCAGCCGCAGUUCAUGCAAAAUCUGGGAUUCGCGCCAAAUAUAGACCUGAACGACUUUUUGACUUCAGACUACGGGCAGUUCGACCCUUUGCUCAGCGUGUAUGCACAGCAAAGUGCCGUUGGAUCGUCUGCCAUGGAUCAAGAUGUUCCUUUUGAGGAGGGCUGA